AUGGUUGCAAGUUGCAAGGACCAGUUAAAGCAGGUGGCGAUUUGCCUCCAGCGGUCUCCAUGUGUUAUGAUAGAGAGACACAAACCAAAAGAUUGUAUAACGAAGCCGGAGUUAGCAGCAGAUGUGCCUGAUCUCUGUAAAGCCCAAUUAAAGACGUUUUUGGAAUGCAAGCGAGGGAUAAUGGACAUGUCUAAACGAAUAAAGGGGAAUGGUACUCUAAGUACAGGAAAAUAUGAUGAGGAGUACAAGAAACUAUGCACGGGGGAUUUUGACCCACAUAAGGAGAUGGACAAGUUGAAAACUUUGGACUCACAUCAAGUUUCGUGA